AUGGCGGAGAUCGGCAAUGCAGAGAAUCCCCGGGCUGAAUACAGCCAGGGAUACUCUGCAGAUGUGGAUACGAUACGCGAAAAGGAAUAUCCUUUGAUGAACGAGACAACAUAUCUCGACCAUGCGGGGACAACCCCAUAUGCCAAAUCUAUGAUCGAAGAUUUCUCGCGGCACAUGAUAUCCAAUCUGUAUGGAAACCCACACUCGAUGUCUCUGUCCUCGCAGCUCUCCACUCAGCGGACAGAUGACAUUAGGCUACGAGUCCUACGCUUCUUCAAUGCAGACCCAGACCAGUUUGACUUGGUCUUCGUGGCAAAUGCAACUGCAGCUAUCAAGCUUGUUGCGGAUUCUCUCCGGGACUCCGACCAUCGUGGCUUCUGGUAUGGCUAUCACAUCGACUCGCACACUAGUAUCGUCGGUGUGCGAGAGUUGGCCGAUCUGGGGCAUCAAUGCUUCCAAAAUGAUACCGAAGUGGAUGCUUGGAUCUCCCAGCUGGCCAUGAACCAGACCAAGGCCCCGCGACUUUUUGCUUUCCCGGCGCAGUCCAACAUGAACGGUCGUCGCCUUCCACUCAGAUGGUGCGAGCAGAUCCGUUCGGUUGCGACUGAUAAUGGAGGCAAUGUUUUUACUCUGCUUGAUGCAGCCUCGCUUGUUUCAACAGCACCCUUGGACCUGAGUUCUGUUGAAUCAGCCCCGGAUUUCACUGCCCUCAGCUUUUAUAAGAUCUUUGGAUUUCCCGACUUGGGCGCCUUGAUUGUCAAAAAAAGUGCGGCUCGUGUCUUUGAAAGGCGCCGUUUUUUCGGUGGUGGCACCGUUGACAUGGUCCUUGCUCACGGAGCGCAGUGGCACGCGAAAAAGGAAACCUCUAUCCAUGAACGCCUCGAAGACGGCACCCUUCCAUUCCACAACAUUAUUGCUCUUGAUGCAGCCCUUGAUUCGCAUAAUCGUAUUUACGGCUCGAUGGCAAAUAUUUCCGUACAUACCGCCUACCUAGCCAAAUGUCUUUUUGACCGAAUCUCCGUUUUGCGUCAUUGGAACGAGAGGAAAGUGUGUCAGAUCUACCAGUCAUCAAAAUCUGUGUAUGGAUGUACUCAGUCACAGGGUCCAAUUAUUGCUUUCAACCUACAGAACAGCAUAGGAGAUUGGAUUCCGAAAACAGAAGUGGAGAAGCUUGCUACGGUCCAGAAUAUUCAACUACGAACAGGGUCUGUUUGUAACCCCGGCGGAACAGCAUCAUCUCUUGGAUGGACUGGCCCUGAGCUACGUCGCCACUAUUCCACAGGGUUACGUUGCGGUGAUGAUCAUGAUAUCCUUGGUGGUCGGCCGACUGGUAUUCUGCGAGUCAGUCUUGGCGCAAUGACCAACAUGAAAGAUAUCGAUUCCGUGGUCGACUUCAUCGAAGAGUUCUACGUUGAGAAAUCCCCUCCAGUUGUCGCAUUAAAUCCACCGCUGGAAGAGAACGAAGUUGUUGGACGACAUUUCUACAUUGAAAGCCUCUCGGUGUUCCCGAUCAAGAGUUGCGGCGCCUUCAAGAUCCCCGAGGGAAAACGCUGGGAGAUCAAACGCGAAGGAUUGGCAUGGGACCGCGAAUGGUGUCUCAUCCACCAAGGCACAGGUGCUGCUUUGAACCAGAAACGCUACCCUCGCAUGGCUCUCAUCCACCCGUCUGUUGACCUUGAUCGCGGCGUCUUGCGGAUCACGUGUGGCAUCAUGACUGAUCAAGUGAGUCUUGAGAUAUCACUUGGCUGGGAAGAUACAAGUCUCAUUUCGACUUCCUUGUGUUCGAACUCUACGAAGAAGUCCACUGUAUGCGGUGACCAGAUCUCUCUGCACGCAUACGCGUCACCUGUAGUGUCUACGUUCUUCUCCGAUUUCCUCGGUGUUCCUUGUACACUUGCACGCUUCCCAGCACAAACCGCCAACAGAUUCUCACGACCACCUCGUCUGUCAGGUAACUGGAAGAGCAAAUUCCGCAAGUUCAUCAUGCCAGGCUCCUUCCCACCAGAUUUACCACCACCGGUCCGGGAGAUUGGUCAAACCCCCCUGCUUCUCGCCAACGAGAUGCCUAUUCUAGUAGUUUCGCGCUCGUCGGUGAACCGACUCAAUGAGACCAUCAAGGCCAACACAAAGCAUGGUACAGGUGGCAGCAAGGCCGUUGCUGCAGACGUCUUCCGAGGCAACAUCGUUGUCGCUGAGCGACUGACUCAACUCGGAGAUGCAGAACAACCAUAUGCUGAAGAUCACUGGUCGGAUCUUCGUAUCGGACCAGAUCAGCUUCGCAUUGACAUCCUAGACGCAUGUCAACGCUGUCAGAUGGUUUGCAUCGACCAAUUUACCGGUCUCCGACGCAACGAGCCGUUCUCCACGCUCGCGAAGACUAGGAACAUCGACGGCAAAGUUUCCUUUGGUAGCUACGCGGCGCUCUCGCAGGAGGAGAUGGAGAGCUUUGACUUGCAACCAGACCGCCGGACAGUCAUGGUUGGUGACGUGGUGACACCCACGUAUCACAAUGACUGA